AUCAUCUCCUAUAGAUUAAAAUGCAGCUGUGCUCUGGGUGCACCCCUCAGUCUGGUUUUCCCUGGCCUGACCCUCUCCCAUGGAAUCGUGGCAUAGUUUGGAUUGCAAGGGACUGUAAAGAUCACCCAGUUCCAACCCCUCUGCCAGGGGCAGGGACAGCUUCCACAAGUCCAGGCUGUUCAAAGCCCGAUCCAACCUGACCAUGAACACUUCCAGGGAUGGGGCACCCACAACUCCUCUGGGAAACCUGUUCCAGUGACUCACCACCCUCACAGUGAAGAAUUUCUUCCAACAUCUAAUCCAAAUCUAAGCUAGAUUCUGCCAGUUUAGAGCCAUUCACCCUUGUCCUGUCACUACAUGCCUUUUUAAAAACUCCUCCCCUGCCCUCUUGUGGGCCCCCUUUAGGAUCUGGAGGGUGCUAUGAGGUCUCCCUAGAGCCUUCUCUUCUCCAGGCUGAACAACUCCAGCUGUCUCACCCUGUCUUCACAGCAGAGAUGCUCCAGCCCUCUAAGAAUCUUUGUGACCCUCCUCUGGCUCUGCUCCAACACUUCACUUCCUUCUUUUCCUGGGGCCCUAGAGAUCGGCAUCCAGCCGCCGAUCUUGGAAAGCCAGCGAGGAUUUCCAUUCUGCUGGGGAAUUUACCUUCCAGUGCUUCUUCACGGAUGAUUCUACCUUUUAAUGGUUUUUUUUUUUCCCGUUUCCUAUCCACAUAAUCCCCCUGCUCCCUGCCGGUGCCAGCUCUCCGGCUCUGCCCUAUGUUUACUCCGGGCUGCCAUGGGUGAGGGCCUCAGCGGCUCGGCUCCUUCCCGCUCUCCCCGGGGCGGUGCUUCCCUCCUGCCUCGCCCCGGCCAUUCCCGGCACAUGGAGAACGCUGUCCCGCUCCAGCCGGCCGGUCUAAUUGUGACCCGGGAAUAUAAAGAGAAGAGUGCACAAAGGAGACUCCUUUGGUUGGCUGGAAGGUCUGAAGAAGGAGAUUGAGACACAUUUGUCUAUUCAGGUUCAUGAUGUUGUGUCAUCAGCUCCUGCUUGUCUUUGGCCUGUCAGUAGCUAGCGGGGUGUGGGUAUCUAGAAGCUGCUACUCAGAAGCCCAGGUUGCCAUAUAUUUUUAUUGCAACCUCACAGAUGUUCCACCUGUGCCAAAGGACACAGUGAAGCUUUUCCUGAGUUUCAACUAUAUCAGACAAGUGACUGUGACUUCGUUUCCACUGCUGGAGCACUUGUUGCUGUUGGAAAUGGGAAACCAGUUAGUCCACCCUGUUACCAUAGGAAAAGGAGCGUUCAGGAACCUGCCAAACCUUCGAGUCUUAGACUUGGGAGGCAAUCAGGUUCUUCAGCUGGAUCUUGAUGCGUUUGUGGGCUUGCCAAGCCUGACUGUCCUCCGUCUGUUUUACAAUUCCCUUGGAGACUCCAUCCUGGAAGAGCGUUACUUUCAAGAUUUGAGGUCGUUAGAAGAAGUGGAUCUUUCAAUAAAUGUAAUCACAAAUCUUCAUCCUCAUCCCUUAUUUUAUAAUCUGACAGCCUUGAAAAGUGUGAGCCUGAAAUCCAACAGCAUAUCCAACUUGUGUCAAGCUAAUCUUACCAGCUUCCAAGGAAAAAACUUUUUCUAUUUUAACCUUGGUUCUAAUCAUUUGUACAAGACAGAAGAUGUGGUCUGGGCCAAGUGCUCCAAUCCUUUCAAAAAUAUUACAUUUAGUGUACUAGACCUUAGUGACAAUGGCUGGAGCACAGAGAGAGUCCAGUAUUUCUGUACAGCCAUUAAAGGGACUCAAAUAACUUAUUUAACAUUUAGCACUCAUAUAAUGGGUUCAGGAUUUGGCUUUGAGAACUUAAAGAAUCCAGAUAAUUUUACUUUUGCAGGACUAGGAAGAAGUAAUCUUAGGUUCUUUGAUAUUUCACAAGGUUACAUAUUCUCUCUCAAUUCUUUAAUCUUUCAAAGUCUUGGUAAUCUGGAAUCACUGAACCUUUUCAAAAACAAGAUAAAUCAAAUCCGAAGGCAAGCAUUUUUUGGCUUGGGCAACCUAAAAACUCUCAAUCUCUCCAGUAACCUUUUGGGUGAAUUGUACGAUUAUACUUUUGAGGGUCUGCAUAGUGUAACAUAUAUUGAUUUACAGCAAAAUCAUAUUGGGAUGAUUGGUGACCAAGCAUUCAGUAAAUUAGUAAAUCUGAAAACAAUUGACCUCCGAGACAAUGCCAUUAAAAAACUCCCUUCCUUUCCACAUCUGGCCUCUGCCUUUUUAGGUGACAAUAAGCUCUUGUCUGUAGCUGACAAAGCAAUAACUGCAACAUUCCUCGAAUUAGAAAGAAAUUGGUUGUCAGACUUAGGUGACCUGUAUACUCUUUUCCGAAUUCCAAAUCUGCAGUAUAUCUUGUUAAAACAGAACCGCUUCUCUAACUGCAGGAAAAGUGCUAAUGUUAUAGAAAACAAUCAGUUAGUAUAUAUGGAUCUAGGUGAAAAUAUGUUACAGCUGGUGUGGGAGAGAGAUUUAUGUUUGGAUGUGUUUGGGGCAUUGCCCAAUCUUCAGGUUCUACAUCUGAAUAACAACUACCUUAGUGCCCUUCCACAGGAGAUUUUUAGAGGUCUAACAUCUCUUAAAAGACUUAACCUGGCUUCCAACCUGUUGUCUCAUCUUUCUCCUGGGCUUUUCCCAGAAAGCCUAACAAAUCUAAACUUAUCUGGAAACCAGCUGUUUUCCCCUGAGCCUGAAGUCUUUAUGACUCUGAGUAUUCUGGAUAUAACACAUAAUAAUUAUGUCUGUGAUUGUGCUUUAAAGAGCCUGCUGGUGUGGCUGAAUGAAACCAAUGUGACCCUGGCUGGCUCUGAGUCUGACAGGUACUGUGUGUACCCCCCUGCCUUUGAGGGGGUACCCCUGUCAUAUCUGACAUUUGAUGGCUGUGAUGAGGAUGAACUCCAGCAGACACUCAGAUUCUCACUAUUCAUCAUCUCUUCGGUGAUUCCUCUCAUGCUUCUGGUGGCAGUCAUCAUUUUCACUCGCUGCAGGGGAAUUUGUUUCGUCUGGUAUAAAACCAUCACAAAAAGACUGAUAGACAACCAACCACGAGUAGCAGAUAAAAGUGAAUACAAAUAUGAUGCAUAUCUGUGCUACAGCAAAAAUGACUUUGAAUGGGUCCAGAAUUCUUUGCUAAAGCACCUGGAUUCACAGUAUUUUGAUAAAAACAGAUUUACCUUGUGUUUUGAGGAAAGAGAUUUCUUGCCUGGAGAAGAACAUAUCAACAAUAUCCGUGAUGCCAUUUGGAACAGCAGGAAAACGAUUUGCGUUGUGACCAGGCAGUUUCUCAAAGAUGGGUGGUGUGUGGAAGCCUUUAAUGUCGCCCAGAGCAGGUACUUCUGUGACCUGAAGGAUGUCCUCAUUGUGGUAGUGGUCGGGUCACUUUCUCAGUAUCAGCUGAAGAAACACAAACCAAUUCGAAACUUCUUACAAAGGAGUCAGUAUUUGCGGUGGCCUGAAGAUUAUCAAGAUGUAGAUUGGUUUCUAGAUAACCUUUCUUGCCAAAUUCUGACAGAAAAAAAAGUGCAAAAGAAAGCCAGUGGUAUAGAGCUGCAGCGUAUAGCAACUAUCUCAUAAUGACUGUGAGUUCCUGGCAAAUAUCCCAUUUCCAGCUGUGCCAUGGCAGGAACAAACAGAAGUUGGCUUCAUCUUUCCUUGAAAAGACAUGCAGAAUGAUAACAGUUUCAGUAUAAAUCCUUCAGAACACAGAGACAAAGCACCCAGCAGGUUUAUGAAAGCGCAAUGGUUUUGUGGGCUACAACAUGCAUGUUCAGAAGAAGUGAAUGAAUCACAGAAGAAGUGAAUGAAUCACAGAUGCUUCACAUUUUGGAUGCAUCUUCAGGCCCUUUAGUCUUGAUUUUUGGCGUACUGCUUAAUGGUCUGUUUCAGCUAGAGAAGAAUGCUCAUGGUUGUUUUUUCAAGAAGAGCCCAUGGUACUGUCCAGGAGUGACCAAAAGUGCUCUCAGGCCCUGGCAAGCCUGAUCAUUGUGGUUCCUGGACUAUUUAAUUCUGUUCUUGCUGCACUGGUAGCUUUUCAUGCUCUGUUUCACAGUACAAUCAUUGCUUUGCACUGUUAUGCUUUAUAUUGGUGUAACACAGAUGUCGUUUGUUUAUUUUCUUCUCAAUUUACCUCAGCUCAGCUGGAACAUACAAAUUUUGGACUCCCUUCAUGCCCUUCUCCUCCACCAACUUGUCUGCUUGGUGGUCAAACUACAAUCGUUGGUCUACAACAUUUGCUAUUUGUUCACCUUUGGUGCUUUUUCCCUUCACCUGCCUCCUGCCCUGCAGAGAGGAACCCGUGUUCCCUUUGGAUCUGAAGCAAGCCUGAGCUUGGAAAGGAGACAAGACACUACCUCAGCAGCUGUGCAGGCUGUACCCUGGUGACAGCACUUUUGCGUUCUGGGAGUGGGAAAUACAUUUGUACUUUGUAAUUGUCCUGUGUAGUUUGGGUUGUCCUCAGCCCACCCUGUGCGCUGAUCAGUUCUAAGGUGUUUUCUUGCUUCUAUUGAAAUGUUUUUCUAGAGGCAUUAAUGCCUGGCUCUCUCUUCUCUAAUUAUUUUACCACUGUCUGCUCAGGUGUGUGUCUUCAAGGGGUUGUUUAGGGUCAUUUCAAUAAAAUUCUGACUCAGUGUUCACUGUUGUAGAACCUGCACCUAUUAUUUUGGUCGUGAUGUAUUCCUUGAGCGUACUGUUCACCUCUGUGCAUUUAUUCAACAAAAGCUUACCAAAAUAAUUUCAGUGUGGUCUCAGUGAGAUUUUUUGCAGUAGUGAUGAAGCAGAAAUGGGAGGUUUUGUAAGUUGUCUGCCUCGACCUUAGCUGCAAACAAAUAACAUCAUCUUAACUGUUUUGGUAGAGAUGAAAGAGUGCAAUCCACUUUGUGUGAAUGCAGUCGUUGGAAUAUAGAUGUGCCUGUGGCUGAUCUAAUUUACUCUCAGCCCAGUGUACAUGAUUUCGAUUGAUAAAAUUACUACAGCAAAAUACCUCUUCCUUCUCAAUAAGUGUAGUCAUUCAGGAAGGCAGAAAGGGUUAAACCUAGGAAUAUUUUCCAGGCAGCAUGGGACGCGGGGUUGCAGAUGAAAGCAGGGAUUGACUGUGCUGGUGGAGCCCUGGGUGUCGCUGUUGGCUCAGGUAACAGCCUGGCUUUCCUGAGCCCCUGCUGUCUCCUGCCACUGCAGCUGCUGGCAGGAGGGGAAAAUCCUGCUGCAAGGAGAGGGCUGGGAAAGCACCAGCAGCCCUGGCUUCCCAGAGCCCCCCAUGAGCCGGCAGAAAAGCCACCACUUUUGCCCAUCACUGGGCAUUUCAGCUCGCUGCACUUCUUACAUUUCUCUAAAAAUGUCCAACUCUUUCUCCUUUUGUCCUGUCAACCAGUGCAGAUAUUUCUAGGCAUCCUUUAAAUGCAGAGGCUAUACCAGGGAGUAUUUAUCUUAAAACCCACGGGCAGAUAGCCAAAGCAGGAAGGAAUCUGUACAAGGAAGAUCAUCUACAGGUCCAGGUGCUCAGUCUAUGGAUCUGUGCAUGGUGUAAGAGUUGGGAUUUAAAAGCACCCUUAAGAAAUUAUAUUUGAAUGAGUAUCACAAAAUGGUUUUGGUCAAGUGUUAAUUUAGAGCCCUCUCCACUUAGGACAUUAGUGUGUAUUUACAAAAUACUCCUGUCACUUCAGAUACUUAAAACUUUCUCCUGCUAACCUGUGUGUUCAGGAAUGACAAGUAGAUACAGGAGAUGGCUUAAACCAAAGCUUUUCCAUUUCAUCUCAAAAGCUUCUGUCUAUUUCAUGCUUAUGCCACUGGUGGGAGGUGGCUACAUAAGGUUUGCAUUUAAUUCAGGCUUUGGAAAUGUCUGAUUUUUUACAUGGGAGGUUUUAAUAAAAUCCUUGG